AUGAUGCUUCCUUUUUUUUGCAUUGGCCUAAUUCUGCAGUUGUACGUCGGGUGCUUCAACGUAAAAAAAAACAUAAUAGUGACAUGCCCAUGGGGAAGAGGAGAAAACAAGAAGGAAGUCAAAUCGAGUGCAUUUCUAGUGAGGAAACAAUUUUUUAAAUUUAAAAAAUUUCGAGCUCAUUCAUCAGACCAUUGGGAGGGCAAACCUCCCAUUGAUGCAGCACAGAAUGGAGCAAAGAAUACCCUAAGCGAAUUCUACCAUCGAAAUUGUAGGCGACUGAGGAAGACAUUCGAAUUAGUUAAAAGUGGUCUAAUCUCCAUUCAGGAUAAUUUAUUUUCAAAUUCGUUAGCUAGCCAGCUAGCCAUUUCUGUGUCAUUUUUUCUUCUCCACUUUUAUAUGCUAUCUCGUCACUUCCUCAUAUUAUUCCCCUAUCAGUUAAUUCCAAACCAUUCCAAUAUUUUGAUGAGCCUAGACAUGAACAACACGCUCUUUUUCUUAAUGUCCAUAUUUUUUUUCAAACGUUUCAAGGCCCACUUUCACAGCUUCAAGCAGAGGUUACAGUUGAACCGAUUUACCAUCAAGCUACAGGACCAUAAGAGGAAAAACAUCCUCUCCGUCUGCUUCUUCUUGAUUGCAUCCUACGUCUUGUCCGGCUACGUGUCCAUAUACACGGAGCGCAUCUUGACGCUGUGGAAACUGUUCAGUCACCCCCGCUCGGAUAACGUGGUGAAGUCGCUACAGAUCCUGACCGGGCACUUCAUAUGGGUAGCGUGUAGCAUCGUCGUGUUUAAGCAGUUGCUGUACCCCUACUUCCUAAACAAUGAAAGCAAUUUGAAUUUGCGCCACAAGGACAGCUGGUACUUUGAGGUAAUCUACGGGUACGUCUUUUCCCACUUCGUAUUCAGCAUUGUGGAUUUGCUGAACAAUUUUAUAAUAAAUCGUUUCAUGGGGGAGGCGCAAGACGAGGUGUACGUGGACAACAGUAUAGAUGACAUUGUUAGCGGAAGAGAGUUCGUUUCAACUCUGCUGUGCAUUAUUAGUCCCUGUUUUAGUGCGCCUUUUUUUGAGGAAUUCAUUUAUCGUUUUUUUGUACUGAAGAGUUUGAAUUUGUUCAUGCAUAUACAUUACGCCGUUACCUUUUCUUCCCUAUUUUUCGCAAUUCACCAUUUGAACAUUUUUAACUUACUUCCUUUGUUUUUCCUGUCCUUCCUA